GAGUCACUUCCUGUCCCCAAAGGCACCACUCUGUCCAUCCCAGCAGUCACAUUUCUCACAGAUGCAGGACCGAGCAAAACCUGUAAAAUGUUACUAUUUCAGGUUGUUAUUCUGGCUUCGAUUUUGUCUUACGGAUGUGCACAAAUACAUCUGAGACAAGCUCAGUUGUCCGUUACCAGGGGAAAAGGUAAAAGUGCACGUAUAGACUGUGAGGCUUCUGGCAUUCAGAACUUCGGGAAUGCUGUUAUACACUGGUAUCAACAAAGACCUGGAGAAGCUCCGGAGUGGAUACUCUACUUUAAGACAGAAGCUGAGAAAUCAAGUUUUGACAAGAACAAGUUUAGGGUUGAGAAGACAACUGAAAAGUCCACCUGUACCCUAAGGGUAUACAGACUAACCGACAAUGACAUGGGUACCUAUUACUGUGCCUACUGGGAUUACACAGUGUUAGAAAGCCAUAGACAGGCUGUGCAAAAACCUCACUCUGUAUUCUGAGCCACAGAC